CUAAAACAUGGAAGUCACUUAGGCUGUUGUAAAGCACAAGUGACCUCAUAACAGUGGAUUUUACAAUCUAAAGCAAUGCCUGAGAUUAGAAGAAAGGUCAUGGAUAAGUAAAGACUCAAAUUCUGGAAGAUACAAGCAGAGCCUGUCUCACCAGACAGCAAAGAAUCACCAGGUUGUGAAACUGCAUCAUUCCAGGCACUCCAGAAAGAGCAGUUCCGUACCUCAGUCCAUUGAAGAGAUAAGCUGUGGGUUUAACUUUCCUGGCUUCUUUGCACAAGGCCUUUUUGCUCUCUACACCAGGCCAAUCAUUGCUGUCGCUUGCUGGGUUCACAGCUGAGUAAGACUGGUGAUUAUUCUUCACCUCCAGAAACUUCCACAGAACUUUCUACAACUAUGAAAGCUAAAUAAGAAUUCCCAGUGGAAAUGAUAGCCAGAAACAACUCCACAGUAACUGAGUUCAUUCUUGCCGGAUUAACAGAUGCACCAGAACUGCAGCUGUCCCUUUUCUUGCUCUUCCUCGGGAUCUAUGCAGUAACGAUGGUGGGGAACCUGGGUAUGAUCACGCUCAUCCUGCUGAGUUCCCACCUGCACACCCCUAUGUACUUCUUCCUCAGCAGUCUGUCCUUCAUUGACCUCUGCCAUUCCACUGUCAUUACCCCCAAAAUGCUGGUGAACUUUGUGACAGAGAAGAAUAUCAUCUCCUAUCCUGAAUGUAUGGCUCAACUCUAUUUUUUUCUGGUUUUUGUUAUAUCAGAGUGUCACAUGUUGGCAGCAAUGUCAUAUGACCGUUAUGUGGCCAUCUGUAACCCAUUGCUUUACAAUGCUGUGAUGUCAUAUCAAGUUUGUUCCUGGAUGAUAUUUGGGGUGUAUAGCAUGGGUUUGAUUGGUGCCACAGCUCACACAGUCUGCAUGCUAAGAGUGCAUUUCUGUAAGGCUGAUGUAAUAAACCAUUACUUCUGUGAUCUUUUUCCAUUACUGGAGCUGUCUUGCUCCAGCACUUUUAUCAAUGAAGUAGUAGUAUUGUGUUUUAGUGCUUUUAAUAUCCUUUUCCCUACACUGAGUAUCCUGAGCUCUUACAUUUUCAUCAUUGCCAGCAUCCUCCGGAUUAAAUCUACUGAAGGCAGGUCCAAAGCCUUCAGCACUUGCAGCUCACACAUAGCAGCUGUUGCUGUCUUCUUUGGGUCUGCUGCAUUUAUGUACCUGCAGCCAUCAUCAGUCAGCUCCAUGGACCAAGGGAAAGUGUCCUCUGUGUUUUAUACUAUUGUAGUUCCCAUGCUGAAUCCUGUGAUCUACAGCCUGAGAAAUAAGGAUGUCAAACUUGCUCUAAAGAAGUUGUAUGAAAAAAGUUUCUCAUAAAAUUUUUAUUUAAUUAACUUAUUUUCCUUCAUUUUACAUACAGACCACAGUUUCCCCUCCCUCCUCUCCUCCAGUUGCCUCUGCCUCCCCGACUCCCAUCUAUCCUCCUCCAUCUGCCACUCCUCUGUCUCCAUUCAAAGCACAUGUCUCCCAUGUGCUUGAAUAUAACAUGGGAUUUUUCUUUCUCAAACUGUGGAUUUUUUCCGUCUAUUUCUAGGAUAGCUUCUUGAUUCUUUUUUAAUUUAUUUGUAUUUAAAUUAGAAACAAGCUUGCUUCAAUGUAAAUUCCAGCUCCCUCUCCAUCCCCUCCUCCCCCGCUCC